AUGCGCUGGCAGUCGGCGCUGCGCGGGGCCCCGCCGCGGCCGCCCCGCGCGGAGGAGGAGGAGGAAGAGGAGGAGGAGGGGGAAGAAGGCGGUGGCGGCGCGGGGCGACCGCGGCCGCGGCCAUGAGCUGCUCGGACGUGGCCAUGCAGCAGCCCGGCCCGGCGACGUGCGGGGUUCCCCGCUACGCGGGCCCGCCCGCGAGAGUCUGCCAGCAGAAGAAAUUAGCUGUAUACAACAAGAUGCAGGAGUCUCUGGAAGUGACCCUUCCCAGCAAGCAAGAAGAGGAUGAGAAGGAUCAGCCAGCUGAGAUGGAGUAUCUGAACUCUCGCUGCGUUCUUUUCACCUACUUCCAGGGAGACAUUGGUUCAGUAGUGGAUGAACACUUCUCAAGAGCCUUGAGCCAAGCCAGUAGCUUCAACCCAGAAACUGCCCUUACCAAGAGCAAGGCAGGGCUAAGUCCUUUGUGGAGAGAAAACUCAACAAUAUCAAGCCAAAGGAGCAGUUUCCCAACUUCGUUUUGGACCAGCUCUUAUCAGCCUCCCCCACCACCAUGCUUAAGUGGAGUACACCCCGAUUUCCCCAUUACUGCACCAGGCACCUUCCCAACACCAGAUCCCAGCAGCUGGCCAGGACACAGCCUUCAUCAGACUCCCCCACCUCCUCCCCCUGCUGCAACUGAAUCUUGGCAUUAUCCUUUAGCAUCUCAGGUGAGCCCUUCAUAUGCACACAUGCAUGACGUGUACAUGCAUCGCCAUCACCCUCAUCCACACAUGCACCAUCACCAUCCCAGCUCGCACCGCGACCCCCGCUAUGGGUCUCUGCUGAUGCCUUCAGUACGCGCAGCCAGGAUUCCUGCUCCCCAGUGUGACGUGACUAAGACAGAUCCUGCUGCUGUCACCAGCGCUACCUCAGCAUGGGCUGGAGCCUUUCAUGGAACGGUGGACAUUGUGCCAAGUUUUGGGUUUGAUGCAGGUCUACAGCAUCAGGACAAGAGCAAGGAUACUUCUUGGUUUUGAAGUCCAGAUAUAACUUAAGACCAGCUAGAGCUGGAGUCAGCGCAACUUGGCGGAUGACAUAAGCAUCGCUGACUCCUUCUGCAUGGGACAAAGGACACACGUGAAGAUGGAGAGCCAACUAUUCUCGUUUUGCUAUUGAGCCUUUUAAUUGCAAGGCCACUUAUGGGUCCCACAGUGUUGGAAAAUGAACAACAGAAAAACAAACUCGCUUUUCUUUCUUUCCUCAUCUGAGCCUGCUGCAGCUGGGCAACCUAACUCCUUUCUGCUCUUUUAACAGUGUUUUUUGUUUUGUUCAGCUUGAUAUUUUUAUGAACAGUCUCAACUAUCGGGAAGAAGACUCCCCUGACUGCAGUGCGCCUCCUUUCAGGAAUACAUUAUUUUGUAGCUCUUUGUGCAUCUAUUUUUGUAGAAAUACAGAAAGUUUGGUUAAGGAUUGAUGGGCUAUUUUAGGAUGGCAUAUUUUUUUAAAAAAAAAUUGUAAAAAUUGUUAAGUUCUGUUUAAAGAACUUGCUCUCAGAGAAGCACUGGCAAAAAUGUAUAAAAUGCUAUUUUUAGAUGUCUGUGAUGUGUUUGUGCAUUUUGUUUUUGUUUUGUUUUGUUACCUCAAAUGUCUGUCUUUCCCUUCUUUUUAAAGAGCUUGUUUCCACAUUGCUCGAUCUUGAUGUUUUCAUCCUUUUGUUCUAGCUUAAGCAAGUAUAAUACACACCUAAAGUUUCAGCCAAAUAUUUUUGCUGCUGGUGUUAGAUUCUAGUAAGGGUGUUUUUAUUCAUGUUUCUAAAGAUGGCUUUGUGCUGUGCUGUCAGAAACUUGCAAAUGCCUUUAGCAUGGAUCAAAGCCUAGAGUUGCAGGAACUGCAUUUCCAACCCAUUCAGUCUCUUAAAAUGGACCAAAUAUUUUCAUGGAUUUAAAUCAGACCUGAGUUUGGACCUCAUCCGUGAUCCAUGGAAGCUGAUGAAUGCAGUUUCCUAUGAGUAACACUUCAGGCUCUCACAGUAAUCGUAAUUACCGGCAUAUUCUUAUUUUAACUCACAAGGCAAGACUUUCAGCUAAGCUAUUUCGAGGGUUUUAAAUUGUAACAUGAAUGUUUAGGAAGUAAACGUCACUUUCAUAAAAAUGCAUGACUCGCAGAAACAAAAUAUUUUCAACUGGCCUCAUCUGUCUGCUGAGCACCUCAUGGGAAAUGCUGAAACAUUCAGAUGCUGUUGACUUCAAAAUCUGGUUGUCUAACCUAAGGUUUGCUCAGGGCCUUACGGAUCCCAGCUACUGCUCUUGAAUUUUGUAAGAAGUUGCACAUGCUCAGCACGCACAAAAGGUGGGCUGCAUUGCUGCCAGGGUAAGAAUCUGUGCUGGGAAGUGACAUGGCCAUGUCUAGUCACAGCACACUGCAAAGUGUAUGAGGAGUCCCAUUUCUGGCCUGGGCCUUGGGUCUGACUUACUUACUAAUGACUUUAGCUGAAGCCAAGAACAUGAUCCAAUCCUGAAUAAGGGCUGCAAGAUUGCCUUUAACAGCCCCACUCCUGUGAUGGCGCUGUCCAGCCUUAGUAACUCCAGCAAGUGACAGUAAGUGCUUAUCUGAGACUGAGCACUGGAUCAGGAUUGCCAGAUCCUGCCUGUUGCUUGGAAAUGUUGCCUUUCUGCUUUGUAUACCUUACGUGAAUGAAUACACUUGGAAUCACUCUGCAACGCUUCCCAAGGCUCUCAUAACUUAUUACUUUUCUGUUACCAUUGUUUUCAGGCAUACCUGUCAAAAAGACAAACCACCUACAUGGAAACCAAGACCUAAGCAUAAGACUGAUAUAAGGAACAGUAUAAUUUUAAGGCAGCGAGUAUUGUGAAUGUAGGCUUGUCAGGUGGACACCACAUGGAUGUAUGUGUGAAAGGGGAGGGGGCGUGUUGGGAUGUGCCUGCCAGUCUGAAAUUCAGGCCUUCCUCCCUUGUACUGUUUUUUCUCGCCAAGCUUUUGAACCUGAUUCUAUGAGGUGUUGAGUUCUCCCUUGACAUAAAAGAGGGCUUGACAUACUGGCAUUGUGGGCAGUAGGAUUAUAUCACAGUUUGAUAAGACCUUUAAGCGUGCACCUUACUGAUGUGAGGUUUCACACAGUGUUAAAAUGCUGAACUGACUACCCCUAUAGGUUACUUAAAAAUAAUAGGGUUAUAGUUCUAUGUUGGGAUGCUGAAUUAAAUGCUAUUCUCCCCCUUUCCCACCUCUUAUCUUUACAGUCUAUCGAUAUUUCUUCCUUUUAUUGAGAUUCACUCUUUUGAGAGUUCUGUAUAUUAUUGUUGUUCUGGUGGAAAGGAAGGUAUCAGAAGCCUCCAUGACUUGUUUUUUUAUUGGGGCAGUAUCAUUCAGGAAAUAUGAGUUCCUGAGGUAAAUUAAAAAUUAGGAAUUCUUACAAUAUUAGAGAUACUGAGGAAAAAAUCCAAGCUUUUUUUUUUUUUUUUUUUUUUCCUCCCAGUCUUGGUAAAGCUAGAAGGCAAAGAGGCAACAUUUCACAAGGGAAACAAUGAGGAAAGUUGUAAUUUAGCUCUUUGAACAUCAGAGUUGGAUAGUUUAGGGCAGAAGAGAGCAAAGCAGUAUUUCUUUUUGAGAUGUAAUAUGUUUGACUUCCUGAAAGUUUAGUUAAUGUCUAGGAAGAACAGUCACUUCAUUGCCUUUCUCUUUGCAAGUUCAAAUGGUAAAGGAUCUCCUCUUAUUCCCUGUAGCUGUCACAAAGGAUUGGGACAGAAACAGGGAAGACUGAAGUUUGCACUGAAGUUUCCCUUCUUGACUAUUUUAUUGAGAUAAUGGGUAGAGGGCAUGGACGUUUCCUCAGGGACUGCUGUUAUGUGCUCAGUUUCCCCGGCUGAACUUGUGAAUGUUCUUACAGAACUUGUGUUACUCUCCAGGCUCUAGGAGACAAGUGCCAACAAAAACCUGCUAUCAUCUGUAGCUGUUCACACGCCAGUCCGCCAGCUUUGGAAGACAAAUAUGUUCAGUUAUUUUUCCUCAGUAACAAACAGUCCCCUGUACUAACAACAAGUGAAUGCCUGAGAACAUAGCAGUAGCCUUGCUUCUAUUCUCUGAUUUGAAGGAUAGGAAAGAAAAAAAAAAAAUCUGUGACAAGUUUUUAAGUUAAAUUGGGCAGAUAUGAUUCUUUCUCACACAUGCUCCUAUACACGCACAUUUACACACACAGAAAUAUGCUUAUGAGAAGCAGAUGCUAUGCUAAUGCCACUCUUGAAAGAGGAGAGGAGUGCUCACUUGCGAUGUUGCACUUAAGGCACACUGAUGGCAGUUAUGUGUCUUAAUGUGUUACUAAGGGAGUUUCAUUUUUUCGUUUUGUGUGUGUGUGUGUGGUGGAUUCUAAUGCUGUCCCAAGAAAGUGGAUGAUUCAUUUUCUGAGGUCUUAUAUAAACAUGAUGUACUCUGUCACUAUUUCUAGGAGGACAUAGGGAAGCUAUUGUUUUAUUUCAAGAAAACCUAAACAUUAAAGUCUUUACACUUAUCCAGAAUUUUAUUUUCUUCCUAGUAAUGAUGAAAAAUUUGAUCUGUUUUUGUCUUGUUUGCUUGAGGGCAGGGGAUGUUCAACCUGUCCACCAGAUUUUGGAAAUAAGAUACCCAUUUUGUUUCAGCUGGGGCAUUUCCAUCCCUAACAAGAUGAUGUAAUACUACAGCUACUAACCACCCAGCAGAUUUUACUUCUGGAAAGCUGAAUAAGCUAUGCUUGAUGACAAUAAAAUGCACUUUGUUAUGAUUCUUCUCUUCACAAGAAAACAAAUUUGCUCAUCAGCUUUUCUGAUGCUUCUUUCGUAGUGUGAAGUGUUCAGUGAAUGUCAAGAUUCUCCCAGUAUUCUGUUUCUCCUGCCUUGAAACAUGCUUUUAAGGAUUAUUUUCCUAUCACAGCUUUUGGAGAGACAGGUUGCACACCUCUUGAGAGCAGAGAUUGUAUAAAGGGAAUGUUGUGUUUUCCCCACUGUACUUAUGAUCACUCACCUUGGCAUGCAUCCACCCCUUCUGUUUCCAGUCUAUCAUGUGCAUCUUGCUCUUCUCCCACACAUCUUUGUGUAUAUGUAUGUAUUUAUAUACAUAUAUAUAUACAUGCACACACACCUAGUUAUACCUAGUUCCCUCUUCCCUCCAUUCCACCCUCAUGCUUCAAAUGCACAUUCUUUGGAAAUAAAGCAAAUGACAUUACUAAAUCUCAUCUGACUGAAACAACAUUAGCAACACAAAAAUAAAAUAAUUGUUUUUUUAAAUGUAGGCAUUUUAAUGCAUUCUCUGCAUUCUCCAUAGCCUCAGGAGUGAAUGGAAUUUUUCUAUACUUAAAAAACAGUAAUAAUAAAAUUAAAAAAGGAAAAAAAAAAAAAAAAAAAAAAAAAAAAAAAAAAAAAAAAAAAANAAAAAAAAAAGAAAAAAGAGAGAGAGAGAGAGAGAGAGAAAACAACCUCUCCCCAAACUCAAUCUUUCAAAAGCCCUGAUCUGUUGUAUGUAUCUUAUUGAAUACAAUUAUUUUAACUAAUUGAACAUAUAUAUACAUAUAUAUGUUUUAAAAUUGACUUCCUGGCUUUAAUAUGUCUGCCUUUGAGCUUUUAAGGAGUAUUUGGAUGAUAAAUAUUGUUUGUUUGUGGAUUUUUUUAAAAGCCAAUGCAUGUUUAUUGGAGCUGAAAUCUCAUGUAAAGCAGGAUGGUUUUUAAAAAUAAAUACUGCUUUUAUGUAUUAGCCCUAUGGGCACAACCUGACAGCUAUGAUGCAGGAAAAUGUCCCUUUAAAGACUAAAGGACUCUUGCCUGAGCGAGGUCAGGAGAGGUCUUCUUGCAAGAGGAGCUGGUAGUGCUGUGAGCAGAACUGAUCUUCAGCAUUGCAUGUAGAUGGUUGGGCAGAUGCUGUACAACAUAUUAAAAUUAGACUGUACUUGCAAGUUUACACUCAUACCCUUUUAUGGGAUGAAUUAAUUGCCAAGGGGAAUUAAAGAUAUCUCUCAAAACUUUUGUUUUAGCAGCCAUUGGUCAGCACAGUGUCCAUAAUCCUCUGGCUGUUCUUUUUCUGUGGUCUCCAUGACACUAUGGUGGGACCUGUGACAGCCUGUUUGGAGUUUCCUCUGAACUACAGGAUGUUUAUAGCUCCCAAUAAGCUUAGUUUAGGGAUGGAGGUGAUUAAAACAUCACAGUUCUUAUGCACCCACACAAAGGCACAAGCCUUCAAGAUAGCUAAGCUGUGUAUCAUUGACAGUGGUGUUUUGCAUGCAGGAGCCCUGCUCCUCCUUUCUUCCCUCACAAUCUGUUGAAGUCUUUGAUGGCAUUAAGAUCAUUGGGACCAGCUGUGAAUGCCUAAACUGCAGACCAUUGUUGUCUGGAACAGAGUGGAGGCCCAGGGUCUGGUCCAACACUGGUGGACAUGUAUUGGAAUCCACACAGAUUCUAGAAAGCUUGGUCUCAGGUAAUUUGUACAACCAAUGUUCAUAGAAGUUGAGGUUUACAGUAAUCUAGUAAAGUAUCUGCAGAACUAUGCUGCACUUUCCCUGCUAGGUGUUUGUAGUUAUCAUUUAAAACCAUCAGUCAAGGCAGGGUCCCUCUCCUUCCCCACCUGAUUCCCAAUCCUGCUUCCCUGAAAACCUCCACUGAACGUUUUGUCCUUCUCAUCAAAAGUGGUGAGAGACUUUGUAUGAAGAAAAGUGUCACUGUUUUAAUUACUGAAUAAAUAAUUUAAUGUGAA